UACUUUAGACUAAGAAUAUAUGUUUUUUCACACGAGUCAGAAGUAGACGUUUUUCACAGUAAGGAAAUUCAUAUUUGUAUAUGAAUAUAGCAAAUAUAUAGGAACACGAGUAACUUAACCGCAGAACAGAGUACCAAAGAUGAACAGCCGAAAUUUGUAUUGUUUCUUAUUAUUUAGCUUAUUGAUUUUUAACAUACCUGAGCUGGUUUCUCAACCGGUGCCAGAUAACACAACUAGCUCUAAUAAGCAAUUAGGCGUCCAUCAAUUGUCCAAAAAUAAAACUCUUGUGCUCUUCCCGACUGCCGAGGCGACUGUCAGCUCCUCAGCCGGGAAUUUUACACUAAAAGUCAAAUCUGUCACAGCAGCGCUUGACAAGCUUGACAAUGCGCAAACCGAGGACAUCAUUGAAUUGCCCAAGCUCAUCAAGGAUAAUCGUGGGCAUUGGGUGUAUAAUCCGUGGCCAGUCACAUUCGGCAAUCGCAUUCUGGACACUAGAUUCACCAAGAGCCAACCAUAUGUCCACAUCAAUGUGGUCUCCAAUCCGAAACGCUUCUAUGAUCCCCAGACCGACAUGAGCACCGUUUGCAUGGGCUCCACCAUUCCGCACGGCGACUUCAAGGUGAGCAGGUGGAUGGAUCGACAUAUCUACAGGCACAGGCAAAUAAGUCAAGCAUUCUACAUGCAAUUGCGACGGGAUGUCUACAUCAAUGGCAAAUCCGAGAUGUGCCAUGACAAAAAGUAUAGCAAAUGGAUGGACUAUCAGCAGUGCGCACUGCGGCGCAAUCAACGCUUAGAGUCGUAUAUACCGCAGUAUCCGUUGCAUCAGCUGGUCAGGGAAAAUAGUUAAGACAGUCGAGAAAGUCUCCUAUUUAACAGAAUUUUGCAUACGUAUUUUAUAAACUGUAUUAAACUGUUCAACUCAGCACCAUAUUCAAGCGUAGCCUCUGCUGGUAGAUGCGAUGUCAAUUACUGAUUGAUGAAGGAGGAUUGAUGAUGAGUAUCGGCUGGCAAACUCAGGGAACUGAUCAAGAGGCCAAGGGAAUCGCAGUCAGUCUGUGAUGAUUGCAUCACUGGUUGCAAAUCUGAUUGAAGAUCAAGUUUCAUUAGUGAUUGAAGCAACAUUGAAUAGUAGAAUUACUGAAAAAAUGACCAUUUGGAACUGAUUGAAUGACUGAUGGAUAACUGGGAAAUGGAUUGAUUGAAUGAUGGAAUAAAUAACUAAUGAAAUAAGUGAUUGACUGAAUAAAUGGAUCAUUGAUUGAAUAA